AUGGAUCAGGUAAGCUUUGCGCCUGCGCAGCUGUUGCUGGGACAAGACAUGCAGCUUCCCGCUUCCCGCUUCCCGCCUGGGACCUCUCGGCUUCCAGCUUGCAGCUCCAGCGCUGGAUCGCAGCGUCUAGAAGCCGAUUGCCCCCCCCAGCACACGCACCCAACAUGGCCUUUCACGCACCCAACAUGGCCUUUCACGCACCCAACAUGGCCUUCCACGCACCGCUAACCAUGCGCCAGACCGGCACCGACAUGCUCGUCGACCACGAGUACGACGACAAGCAGGCCCACGUCGCCAUCAUCACCCCCGCCGACUCGGACGACCAGAUGGACGACCUGGACGCCGACCCCGAGCCCCGCGCCGACGACUACGACGCCUUCAUGAAGAAACACCUGCCCGAGCUGCCCGACCAGGACAUGGCCGCCGAGACACACCACACCUGGGAGAUCAAAGACUGGCGGACCCUCACCAAGAAGGAGCAUGGCCCCAUCUUCCACUGCGCCGGACAGCCCUGGCGCAUCCUGUUCUUCCCCUACGGCAACAACGUCGAGUUUGCCUCCUUCUACCUCGAGCAGGCCUACCAAGACAAGCAGAUGCCCGACGACUGGUAUGCCUGCGUGCAGUUCAUGCUCGUCCUCUGGAACCCAAACGACCCCACCAUGUUCAUCACACACACCGCACACCACCGCUUCACCGCCGACGAGGGCGACUGGGGCUUCACACGCUUCGCCGAACUGCGCAGGCUCUUUGCAAACACUUGGGACGACCGGGGGCGUCCCAUGGUCGAAGGCAACGCCGCCAACGUCACAGCCUACGUCCGCGUGCUCAAGGACCCCACCGGCGUGCUCUGGCACAACUUCUUGAACUACGACUCCAAGAAGGAGACCGGCAUGGUCGGCCUGAAGAACCAAGGCGCAACCUGCUACUUGAACUCGCUGCUGCAGUCGCUCUACUUCACAAACGCCUUCCGCCAGGCCGUCUACCAGAUCCCCACCGACGAAGACGACAAGGGCAGCUCGUACGCGUUGCAACGCCUCUUUUAUCUGCUGCAGAACACGAACAACGCCGUCAGCACCACGGGUCUGACGCACUCCUUCGGCUGGGACUCGAAACAAAUCUUCGAGCAGCAGGACGUGCAGGAGCUAUCUCGUGUUCUCAUGGACAACCUCGACGCCAAGAUGAAGGGUUCCAUAGCCGAGGGUGCCCUGGAGAGGAUGUUUGUGGGCAAGAUGAAGACGUACAUUUCCUGCAUCAACGUGGACUACGAGUCGUCCCGGAUAGAGGACUACUGGGACAUCCAGCUCAACGUCAGCGGAAACAAGAACCUGGAUGACAGCUUCAAGGACUACGUCCAGGUCGAAACCAUGGACGGCGAGAACAAAUACUUCGCCGAAGGUUUCGGUCUACAGGACGCCAAGAAAGGAGUCAUCUUCGAGAGCUUCCCCCCGGUCUUGCACCUCCAGCUCAAGCGCUUCGAGUACGACUUCCAACGCGAUGCCAUGAUGAAGGUCAACGACCGUUACGAGUUCCCAGAGGUUUGGGACGCAUCGCCCUAUCUGUCCGAGGGCGCCGAUCGAUCAGAGCCCUACGUCUAUCGUCUGCACAGCGUCCUGGUGCACAGCGGCGACCUCAACGCCGGUCACUACUACGCCUUCAUCAAACCCACAAAGGACGGACACUAUUACAAGUUUGACGAUGACCGCGUGACGCGCGCCACGCAGCGUGAAGCGCUGGAGGAGAACUUUGGCGGCGACUACGCUCAGGUGCCAAAUGGCAAUGCCGGCCAGCGAAACCCCUACACCAGGACCUGGUCUUCCAAGCGCUCCAUGAGCGCAUACAUGCUGGUCUACAUUCGCGAGAGCAGAAUCGACAGCAUACUCCCGGACUCCGCAAGCGUGGCGCCGCCGAAGCAUCUAGCGGAGCGUAUCGCCGAGGAGCACGCCGCUUUUGAGAAGAAGAAGAAGGAGCGAGAGGAGGCGCAUCUGUACAUGGAUAUUGCCGUUGCAUCCGAGGAGAACUUCAAGGUCUACCAGGGAUUCGAUAUCGUGCCGUGGAAGGGUGAUUCAGAGACAGCUGCCAAUCCCAAGGUAUACCGCGUCCUCCGUACAAUGACCAUGGCCCAAUUCAACUCGCUGGUAGGCAAGGACCUCGGCAUCGAUGGCGACAUGCUACGGCCAUGGUCCAUGGUGAACCGCCAAAAUGGCACCAUCCGUCCAGACACACCUCUAGAGUUCCCCGACAUGACGGUGGAGGAAGCGUCAGCCAAGCACGGUACCAAACAAUCGACAUUCAGGUUGUGGAUGGAGAAGGCCGCACAGCGCGAUGCAGACGGCGCACCUGCGUUCGACGACAAGCUCUUGGAGCUGAAGGCCGCAAACGACAAGCCCAUCAUGCUGUUCCUGAAGCACUUCGACAUGAAGACGCAGAGCCUGUUUGGUAUCACCACCUUCUACGCCGCCUAUCAAGACCGGGUCUCCGACCUAUUUCCGACCAUCUGCACCCUCCUCGGCUGGCCUGCUGGCACACCGAUGAAGCUGUCGGAAGAGAUCAAGAUGAGCAUGAUCGAAGGGAUGAAGCCCAAGACAACACUCGCGCAAUCAGAGCUCCAAGAUGGCGACAUCGUCACGGUCCAACAGACACUGACCGAGAAGGAGACUGAGCAGAUCAAGUCAACAGGAGGUUACGUCGAUGCCAAGGACUUUUACGAAUUUCUCCUGAACAGGAUCAGCGUUGAAUUCGUUCCAAGGUCUCAGCCCGAGGGGGUGGAACUGCCAUGCUUCUCCUUGACUUUGAGCAAGAAGAUGUCGUACGAUCAGAUGGCCGCCAAGGUCGCCGAGUAUCUUCAAGCCGACCCAACCCAUUUGCGAUUCACGACGGUCAGCACGGCUGGCAAGCCCAAGCAGCCUGUCAAGUACAACGCUAACCACACACUGAACAACAUCAUGUUCCCUGGACCUUAUAGCUACGCGCAAGCUUCGGGCCAGCGACCCGACGCCUUGUUUUACGAGAAGCUCGAGAUGAGUCUCAAAGAGCUUGAGCAGAGGAAGCCUGUUAGGCUGACCUGGUUGCCAGAAGGCCUCCAAAAAGAGGAGGAGGUCACCCUCAUGAUUCCCAAGAGCGCCCAGGUGGCUGACUUGCUAGACGAACUGCAACGCAAGGUCAACAUUAGCGACGAGACGAUGAACAAGGUUCAGCUCUGGGAGGUAUCCAUGCACAGAUUCUCCAAGCAGCUGGCGUCGGAGCUCCAGAUCACGGCUCUUACCGAGUACUCGCAACUGUAUGCAAUGCCCGUCCCGGAAAUCGAUGCGCCGCGCAGGAUCUCGGUCUUCCAUUUCGACAAGGACCACACAAAGGCCCACGGCAUUCCCUUCCAAUUCGCCCUCUUGGAGGGAGAGCCAUUCAGCGAAACCAAGCAGCGUCUUUCGGAUCUGACGAAGAUCAAGGGAAAGCAGCUCGAUAAGAUCAAGUUUGCCAAGGUGCCUAGGGCGCAAUACUCCAAGCCGGUUUACAUCGAGGAGGACGACGAGAUUCUGUGGGACACUGUAGCCGACGACCAUUCGCUCGGACUAGACCACCCGAACAAGAGCAGGAGCUUCUGGGGGAAGUCGGACUCGAUAUUCAUCCGUUGA